AUGUGCCGUAUCGCAACUCCUCAAAAUCAAAAGGAAGUCCUCUCCUGGAUACAGGCAGCUAGCUUUUACCGUCGAUUCAUCAAGGGUUUCGCUAAAGUGGUAGCCCCUCUUCAAGCCCUUGUCAAGUCGUCCACAUUUCUGUGGUCCCCAGAAUGUGAAAGUGCCUUCCAGACUAUUCGCUCAGCCUUCACAGAGCCACCACUACUUGCUCACUUCAAUCAAUCUGCAGCAACAACAGUAGCCACUGAUGAUCACGGUUACCCCGGCACCAGCUACGUGCCUAAGGUUCCUCUCCAGCAACAACGGUCGCUCCAACAAACUGGCCUUGUUGAGCGCGUCCUCGACGUAACUGCCCAAGGUUCAGAGGCAUCUGCCAAUUCAGAAGCAGCUCAAGCCUACCGCAAACGCCACUAUGAUAGUGCCCAUCGCUCUCAUAGCUUCACAGACGAUAUCUUGGACGAGGACGACGAUGGCACUCGACCGCCGCCCCGAAAGGUCAAGAACAUCCGAGUAGACGUGGACAUCCCCAGAAGGAAAGUGGUAGAGACACCGCCAAAGCUGGCGUCCAUGCAAGUCCGGACUCCGAACGUCGAAAUCCUAGUCCAGAAGCCGCCGUCCAUAUGGUCCAGAAUGUGGAAUAUUUACUCAGCAGUGGGGCCUGCCGAUGUCAAAGCGCGAGACGAAGCCCCGGUUGACCCGAAGGUUCCUUUUGCGGCAGCGACUGAUUCGACGGGUUUCCACAAAAAGGGGCAAGACUCGCCACUGCUAAUAGCCGGGGCCACUAAAGAUGCCCACACUGUUGAGCAGCGGAGGCCGCAGGCUCAUGCAAAUCAUACCGAUAGCGAAGACAAAAUGAGCAGCUUCGAAUCAGGCACCGAAGAGCUUUCCGAGGAAAGGCACGCGUCUUCCGCAGCAGAAGAUUCGGCGACUGGCUACCAACCAGCGUCUUCAGCCGGCAGAUCCCCGAAAAUAAGCAUGCGCGCCGACGAGUCUGGGAAACGUCGUCUUGAAGCAUCGUUUAGUGUGCAAAGAGAUGUAGACAACACCGCCGCUGUGCGCAUUGCCGUCAAUUCCGAUAAGCACCUGAACUGCCGCUCUUAUGUUAUGUGCAGCAGACUCAAAGAUGAGAGCAAUUAUCUCGGCCUGAGCAUCUUCAACGCUCUGCCUGAAGGCCAGAAUGUGUGUCUCUCCAUUUACGGAAUCUCAUUCAUUGUUUCUCUCAUCGAUCUUCGUGUGACAGACUCAAAAGCCAGUUUCAGGGAAACGUUGAAGUUCGGUGCCCUAGUGCCCAAGGAAGGCGCCCGCUUGGCAUGCUCUUGCAAGGAGGUGGUAACAACACUGAGGCGAAGGGUGGUAGACACAGGUGAAGUAACAGUGAACACCGAAGUGUAUCUCCGCCCUUUCGCCACGAUUAACCAGCAUGACAGUUGGAAACUUUCAAAAGAGAACGCCACAAGCCACGUCAUGACUGCGGAGCUCUUUAACACCUUUGCCGAAGAUCUGGCCUGCACAGCCUGGAAUGACGUGCUCUUCAACACAGCCUGCUUUGAAAACCUCUGGAAAUGCCCCUUCAGCAAGAAAUCCACGUACACGGGCAGCUUCUUCAAUAAAUGGACGGACCAGGUCAGUGUGCAAGUGAUGCGUAAGACUUGCGUACUGCCAUACUCUUUCUACCCUGACCUCGAAGCACACGUCGUAUGCUUGCCAUACGCUGACGGUGCGCUCUCCAUGGUGCUAAUUGUGCAGCGGUCGUUAUCUUCUCGCCCCUUGAAGCUCACUCCAGACGCAGUGAAAGGCUUCAUUCACGGUGCCGUGGGGACACUGGUCACGCUCCACAUGCCCAAGUUCCAUGUGUCCACUUCAAUCGACAUGGCCGACCUCACGAACGACCUAGCGAGCGCGAGCUACGGGAGUGAGCAGCUUCUGUUUCUUCAGCUGCGGCAGGACGCGUACAUCUCUGUGGACGAGGGACACUGGCCUGUCGUGAGCGCCGAACGCACUUCGUUCUCGGGAGACCCUGUGACCAUCGUCGUUAACAAGCCCUUCCACUUCAUCAUCAUGGACAGAACGUCUGACUUGAUCCUUUAUACCGGCAGGGUGAUGUCGCUGUAAACGUGCGCCCUUCAGCCUAUCACCAUUCUAUAUAUAUCAGCUGAUUGGCCAGCUAUUACAUACCGCUUGAGACUGCUACCGUUACCCUACGACAGGGCGUUGACUGCAGAGAGAAAGCGAUGCUUCGGUCGUGUCAGUGGAGCAUAUAUACCGUAUACUUCGGGUACUUCUAGUGCAGACGUUCAUAGAACCAAUUGCCGCUGUUCCAAGAACACAAAUUUUAGAAAUUAAAUGCGAUGAAAUAUUGCAUAUGUGAAAUCUCGUUACGCUAUCUUCUUGCUUGUGUGUGUUGUUUUGCGCUGGUUCUUGCCUUUCAAUCCUGUACCAAUUGGCCCAACUCUCGACCCUAUCGAAGCGAAACACCGAUUACAAAAAUCCCAACGUAAAUGCGGCAGCGUAUUUUUAAACCUUCUGCUGAUGUCGCUCAGAAUCAGCUCAGCUCAGGCCACGGUAGAAGAACACACAUGGGUUUCAACGUAUCCCAGUAACGCGACACACCCUUUGUUGGUGUUUCUGCUUC